UUAGUUAAAAUGAAUUACAUUUUACUUUAAGAAAUGGAAAGGGUCAUCUGAGUCUCUCCUAAGGACCCAGAAAUAAUGACAGUCAAAAAAUGCCCCUAUGAUUUCCAAAAGGCUCCCUAGAAGGUGAGACCCUCCCUUUGAGAGUCCUUGCUAUAGACAAUGGAGUGGGAAUGGAAACUGGGUACAAGAGAGCAAUGGGGUCAAUAGGACCUGAGGGAUAAAGAAGGAAGCAUCUAAAAAUGACUCCCUGGUUUCUGGUUUUGAGGACUUGGGGGUUGUGUUUCUUUUAACACAGGAGGAAGCCCAGGAUCGGGGUGCGGGUAGGGGUGAGGAGUUCAGUUCUUGCCUUUUUUGACCGAGGUGCCCUGAGGCACUGCCAGCCAAGGUGGAGCAAGUUGGGACUCUGGAGCUGUGGAAGGGCUUCAGAGGAGCUGGAGACAUUCUGUUUCCCAGGCCAGGUAGUGGGUACCUGGGCUUGUGUGAAUCCUUACACCAGACAUAUGUGAAUUAUGUAUUUGUAUGUAAACCAGUAACGAAGAGAUAGCAAUACUGCUGCCUAAGAAGUGAUCAAGUAUUUGAAGGAGGAAGAAAGGAGGAAGAAGGAAAAGUGGGCCAGAGUCUAGAGAACCUGGCAGGAAACGUGGUGGGGAGAGAAGGAAAAUAGAGGCUGGUCUCCAGAGCCUGGAUUCUAGAACUAGACAGACCUGCGCUUAAAUCUCAACUUCAUCUCUUAGGAGCUGGAUAGGAAAGAUCUACGUAGCCUGGUAGGGCCUCAGUUUUCUCAUCUGUGAAACAGGAACGACAUAGGAACAUCCCAAGGUUGUCGUAAGAAUUAAGUGAGAAAAUGUCACCCGAGGUAUGGUGCUGGCACUUAAUUUAUGCCCUCCGCUUCCUUUCUUAUUACACCUUUCCCUCCCCCUGUGCCCACUCCUUCCUCCCGAUAACAGCUGAAGCUAAAACCAGCCCAGCUGCUCUUCUCCUGUUGAGUUAUUUAUAACUGUAGCCACUUGUGAGCAGCCUGAAAAGGAGGGCUGCUGCCCUUGGGCUUAGACGCUGGGUGUGUGUGUCACCACAACGUGGGCUCUGGGGCUGUGGCUGGAGGGCAGUGGUAUAAGUUCAUGCCAGACGCCCCUUUUAGAAAGAGAAAUGCUGUACUCCCGGAGUUUUCUUCUCAUGCCGCAGGAGUUUUCAGCCCUGGCCGCGAUGUUUGCUGCCUGCUGACGGGAAAGUCUUCCUCAAUUUAUGGUUCAUACCCCAUCCUUCCGAAGUGCUGAUUGUGUUCAAAACUCUGCCUGAAAAGGUAGCUUUUAGAGCCUUAAAGCUAACUCUACAGCUGAUAGCCCCUCUCCAUGACAUUGUGGCCUACCUCUUCAGUUUGGCUAAACUUGGAAAUCGUCCAAAUUUUGAAUUUCCUCUUAAGUCCUAACCCUCUGAGAGGCGACUGGGGAGGAACUAAGGGUAUUGGGAACCCUCCUGGGGAAAGGCACAGGAAGAGGCUCAUUUGUUUCCCGGCGGAGGGUCUCCUCCCACCACCCCCAUGACCACACGGCAACCAUCUGCCCCCUCCUCACAGACAGGCUGCCUUCCCUGCCUGUGCCUGCCAUCUCUGCUCCCACUGAGCCGUGUGAGCCCACAAGAAAGGGAGGCCCAAAUGAGGACUGUUACCAGUGCGUAACAAAGAAAAGGGUCUGAGCUUCAAGAGCUGCAGAAAAUGAUUGACAGCCUCCAGAGCCCCGAAGACCCCACUCUGGUGUCCCAGGUCCUCCUCCUUCGAAGGGAGGUUAUGUUUCUGCAGUUUGACGCUGCAGUGAGGUACCUCAUCCGUAGAAGAACAUUUUUGGCAGCUGGAAAUGCUCCUGCCUACCAGUCUGUCACAGAUGACAUGUAGCAUGGGUUGCCGCCACUGAGCAACUCUCUCAUGAAGAGCAUGUUUGCUUCCCAGCUCAGCUUGCCACAGCCGCUGGAUCCACAGAGCCUCCAGGCAUUUGUGCUGUUCCCUUGGAGAGCAUUUCUGGAAGAUGGAGGACCAUUUCCAGUUACAAGUAGCAGCCCAGAUACCCUAGAAUAUAAGAUGCAGCUAUGCCUCUGUAGGCUGAGUGACCGUGACCUCAAGGUGGCUCAUGGAGAGCUGGCGGGCAAGCAGCUGCUAAUGGAAGAUGUCCUUCUGAGUAAUUAUCAUAUGAUCAUGGAGGGUCCCCCAGGAUGGCAGGCCACACGGGACAAAAAUACACAGCCAGAUUUGUCCAGAGUACAAGGAUUCAGAAGUCGGUUCCAAAGCAGCUCAAAGACCUCCAGGCUGCUGGGGGGCCCAUGUGAUGCAGUGAUGUCCCUUGCUUUGCUGAGAUCAUUUCUGGUGCUCUGGAAGCAACUGGAAGCGCUAAAGGAGCACUGGGGCUGACUCAAGCUGCGAGGCCGGGACAUCAAUUCUCCCUCUCUCCACAAACAGUUCUCGGAGCUCUAUGGGUGAGUGUGCUCAGGGGGAAAUUCAUGUGAAGGAGUGGAACCUGGGAUCUGGCAGAUGACUGCCCUUGCUCUGAGGGUGACGUUUGGUCCAUGAAUUUGGUAUGCCUAGCCCCACUGAUCACAGAGGAGGCUGGGCAGUGUGUCUCUGUGAACAGUGCUUUACGGGAAAAGCUGAGUUCUAUUGACUGCAGGGACAGCCCUGGAUUCCACUGAGCAACACUGUAUAUCAUUUUCCCAGAGUUCUGUCCCUGGGAACUGGUGCUUCUGAAGUGUCCCUUCAGUGCUAACUCUAAGCUUUUUAGCUCAUAGGAUCCCAGCGAGAAUUGAGUGGGGAGUGCUGCUGCCGUGACCUCCUCUCCGCUCUCUGCCCCAUUAGGCCCAAGUCUAAUGAGUCUCUGAGAGCCUCAGGCAUCACAGCCAAGGGUACAAUAUGGUGCAGCAUGAGGUGUUCAGUAUGCAGAGUGCUGGGUUGUUUUCUCAACUUCAAGCCCUGGCUGGGAUGACUUAGCUGGUGGGAAAGGCAUGUGGUUUCUGCCAUAUGUCUGUAAGCAAACAAGCAUUCACUAAGCACCCAACCACCACCCCAGGACCUUACUGAGGGUAUUAAGGCUCACUUUGGUGGCCUAGUCCAAAUUGUCUAUCUUAUGAGUUAUGACAGUCAGCUUUCCUGGUAAACAGGGAGUGAGGAGACUUGUCAAUAUUUUGAAGAAUGAAGACUGAAAUUAAAUGUGCCCAAUGGGAAAAGGCCUCACGAUUUAAUAUUGACUAAGGGAGUGGUAACUGUGGUGGAUUUAGAUGUCGAUGUAAGUGUCUGUGAUGAGUUGGGAGGUUUAUGCAUGAUGACGGGAAACAGAACAUGAAUGAAAAGAAUUGUCAGAGAAUCUGAAAGAGAAAAAAUGUUUGUUAAUUUCUGUCUCUCUUCUUUAAUAGAACUCACAUUCUCCACCCUAGCAUGAAAGCUAUAGCUAGGCGGAUCGGGAAAGAAGAUGAAUUUGAAGGACUUAUAAUAAGUAGUAAGUCCACUCUUCCCGCUAAAGGAGCUUCAGAAAUUGAAAUAAAAGCUCAGCAGACCUUUGGAAACACCAAGUCAUGAGAGAAAACGUUUCAGUUAUCAGACCACAAAUAGUUGAAAAUUUUGUACAGAGAUUACUGGAGAAUUACCAGGAUGGUGGACUAGAGGAAUUAGACAUUAUACGAAGAGGUCAGAGGCCACCUGAAGACAAGGCUGGUCAGAUUGCAGAGCUCAGUUACAAUAUGAUCAUGGAAGUCACUGCUCUGACUCAACUCACGGAUUGGGAGGAGGAGACUCUGGAUCUCAAAAAGCAAAUUCGAAAAGAAGUCCAAGAAGAAUAUGAAGCAUUAGUUCAAGCUUUGUUUGUGACAUGUUUGCACAUCAAAAAGCUGGAUGAGAAUCAGCUUAAUUUGAUCCAGAAAGUGUGUGAGCUCAUCGGUGAAGUAAGAACAGAAGGGACUGACAAUACGAAAGAAGGCCUAAAGAAGAAAUGGGGAUCCACCAGACCUGACGAAGAAAUGAAAGAAAAUCCAGCCAUAGAGCAGCUGCUGGCCUUGGAGCAGGACGACUGCAGCCUGGCCGCCCUGGUGUGCAAAAUGAGAAGCCUGGGCCACUGGAGGCUGGCGGUGCAGCAGGCGCACUUCCGGGGCCAGCUGAGCAGGGCUGAGAAGGAAGCUAUGCAAAGUAAAAAAGAGUGUUUGAACAUCAAACUAAUGGCAGAACAAGAAGUGCUUUUAUUUUGUCAACAGCUAUUGGCUCUAAGGCAGGCCCUGGCCAGGGCUCAGGCAGACAACGUGAGGAUAUGCAAGUAGCAGGAGAGCCAGGCGCAAUUGCUGAAAGAAUUAGAACACAGAGUGACCCAGGAAGCUCUCCACCGGCAGCAGGUGGAUUUAAUGAAAACCUCUAGCAUGGAGAAGCUUUUGGAGGAUGUGGAGCAAAAAGAACAGCACCUGCAGCUCCUUACUGAAGAGGCCAAGAUGACUUCUAAACUGGGCCAGCUCCAGCAGUAGAAAAUUCAGAGAGAACUCUGACAGAUGAGAAGCCGGCUUGCCCACGAGCGUAGCAUGGAGCUGGACGCUUUCCAGUGGAUGGAAGAGCUACAAAGUCAGCUUAGUGACACUGAGAGAUCCUCCGCCCAGAGGAGCUCACCGGGCGGUCUUAUAUCCCUGGCUCACUACUCCCUAAGUUCUGCUUCCACAUCAUCCAGAUACAGCCAGCAACACCUUUUAAAGACUCAUCUCAUGGGAAGUAAAAUAACAAGAAGGAUUCAAAGGCCAAAGACUGUACCUAUUAAACACAAAAAAAGAAUUGACCAUGUCUUCCUACCCAAUGUGGCAGAAAAUGUUCAACUUUCAGGUUUUCAAGUUAAAAUGGCUCCAUCCAGAAUCCCAUUCAGACCUGACUGUGGUGAUGAUGCACUUCCAGAGUAGCAGAAGCCAACUGCCAAGACAAGGUGGGACAUCUAUCAUAAAGGGCAGCAGGGACAUGUGAGUAGUCAAAAUGCCUUGGCACACAGAGAUCUUUGGUGGUUGAUGCACCUCCAUGAAUGAAAUCCUAUGGGCAGCCAACUAUUGAUAGAAUAUUGCUUGAUCUACACAGGAAAAACUCUGGUAGCCAAAACCUGACUUGAAUAGGCACAAUGAAGAUUUACAGCCUCUCAUCCAGAUUCCAGACCUAAGUCAAUUCACAGACCAGGGCCCCUUAACUACAGGAGGAUAGAUCCCCUUGAAGGUACAUACCAUAAAUCUUCCUCCAUUUUCCUAGGUAUCUAUAAUUAUUUGCUAGGGUGACUGUUCAUGAGAGGAAAAAAAGAAAUCUAGACCAUUUGGCAUUUACUAGGUACUACCUCUAAAUUAAUUCUACCUCUAAAUUAAUUCUAAUUCCUGGGAGCCCAAAACACCACUAUGGCUCACCAGUCAAAAUGAAGGCUUACAGUGAGGUGAUAGCUUAGCUCAGGUCCAAAUUACAGUAGACCCAGUUGGUCCAGUGUGGUUAUUUCCCUACUUCCUGAAUGUAUAUAAGUGGAAUAGACAUAAUUAGCAACUGAAAGGAUUCCAAUAUUAUUCUCUGACCCAUUAGUUAAAGGCUCAUUAUGGUAGGAAGGGAUAAUGAAAAGCCCCUGGAACUUCCCCUUUCUAUCAAGAAACUAGAAGCAAUAACUCUGGGGAAAUUGCAGAGAUUAAUGCCAUCAUCAAAGACUUGAAAGUGAGGGUGGUGAUACCUUUAACAUCACCACUUAACACACCACUGUGGCCUGUGCAGAAAACAGAUGGAUCUUAGAAAAUGACUAGGGACUACCAGGUUCACACCUUAACCAAGUAGUGAUUCCAAUUGCAGCUGCUAUCCCAGAUGCAGUAUCUUUACUGGAGCAAAUGAGUAUGCCCUUGGCACUUGUUAUGCUGUUAUAAUGCCCUUUGCUCCAUAUCAAAUUGCAAGGAACACAAGAGGCAGUUUGCUUUUACCUGGAAGGGUCACAAUAUACCUUCAAAUUCUUGCCUCAAGCCUUCAUCAGUUCUCCUGCUCUGUCAUGAUAUAGUUCAUAGAGACCUAGAGCAUCAUGAUAUUCCACAAACAUCACACUGAUCCACUACAUUGACAAAAUUAUGCUGACUGGAUACGAUGAGCAGGAAGUAGUAAGUACUUAGGUACCUUAGUAAGACUCGUAAGAACUAGAGGGUGAAAGAUAAAUCCUACAAAACGUAACUGCAACAAAGUUUCUGGGGGCUUAGAGCAUGAUGAACCCCCAAGAUGAAAGACAUAUUGCUUCAUCUCACAGUAUGUUACCAUGAAAAAAGAGGUACGAUGCUAAGUAGGCCUUUUUGGAUUUUAAAGGCAAACAUAUACUAUAUUUGAGUGUGCUACUUCAACCAACCUAGAGAGUCACCCGUAAGACUACCGAUUUUGAGUAGGAAAUCACUCACAAAGGCCCUGUUGUGAAUUUGAGGUAAAGUAUAAGCUGCUCUGCCAUUUAGGUCGUAUGAUCCAACAGAGCCAAUGAUACUAAGUGUCCAGGCAUAUAGGGACACAGCAUGGAGCUUCUGUCAAGCACCAGUAGGAGAAUCACAGGGCAGACCCCUAGGAUUUUGGAGCAAAUCUUUGCCCUCUUCUGAAGAUAACUAUUCUCCUUUUGCACCUUGGUAGAGACUGAAUGUCUAACCAAGGGAGAUUAGGUGAUCAUAUAGCCUGAGCUUCCCAUCAUGAUUUGGGUGUUGUAGGACCCACUUAGUCAUAAACUUGAGCAUGCACAGCAGCAAUCAAUGGAAAUGGUAUACAAUAGACUUAGCUUGCUUGAGCUGGUCUGCAACAUAAAAAGUGUCCUUGAACACGUGGCUCAGACUGAGUAUCAGCUCAAUCCAUACCUCUGACCUGAGGUGCUCUAACAACUAGCUGGCCAAAAAAGAAAAAACAAAACAAAACAAAAUCAAGCCUGCUUUAUAGAUAGGUCUGCAUAUUGUUGGUUCCACCCAAAAGUGGACAUCUGCAGCACCAGGGGUGGACCUGAAGGACAAUGGUGAAAUAAAAUCCUCCCUGUGAGCAGAAGUCUGAGAGUACAUUUGGUUGUCCACUAUGUCUGAAUGAGAGAUGACCACAGCUACAGAUCUAUACUGAUUCAUGGGCUGAUGGUUUGGUUAUCCAAGGACUAGGAGGAAACAGGAUUGAAAGUCUGGUGAUAAGGAAGUCUGGGAAGAGGUAUGUGGAUGGACCUGGGAAUGGUCACACACUGUGAAGAUAUUUGUGUCCCAUGUCAAUGUCCAGUAAAGGUCAUCCACAGCAGAGGCUCUUAUUAAUCCAGUGGGCAAAAAAUAAUGUACUCCAUGGGUGUCAGUCAACCUCAUUCCCCAGCUACCCUAGUGCUUGCUCCCUGUGCCCAUGAACAAUAUAGCAUUGGUGGCAGGGCCAGAGGCUUUGAAUGGGCUCAACAACAUAGACGUCCCCUUCCUAAGGCUGGCAUGCACUACUGACAAGUGCCUAAUCUGUCAAGAGCUGAGACUGAUACUAAGGCCACAGUACGGCACCAAUCCCAUGGGUGAUAGUCAUCCACCUGGUGGCAGUUUGAUUACAUUGGACCCCUUCUAUCAUAGAUGGGGCAGAGAUUCAACUUCACUAAAAUAGACAUGGAUUCUGGACAUGGAUUGCCUUCCUGUCCAUAAUGCUUCUUUCAGCAUUACCACCUGACCCAUGUCAUGUACUCACAGAAUGCCUUACCCACCAUCAUGGCAUUUCCUAUAGCAUUUCUUUUAACCAAGGAAACAAUUUCACAAUAAAGGAAAUGCUGCAGUGAGCUCAUGAAAUUAACAUACCCCAACACUCAGAAGUGGCUGGUCUAACUGAAAGGUGGAACAGCUCAGAGUAUUCGUGUGCAACAGUUGGGAGACACCACCCUGCAAGGAUGGAAUUCUGUCUUAAAGGUAGCAUCUCGCUUGAGAUGGAGUAUAUGGGUCCAAGAUCAAGGGGUGGCACCUCUCACGAUUAUACUUCUCAUCCCAGCAACCUCGAACUGUGCUGGUUUGGAGGUCUUAGUUUCCAAGGGAUGCUUCAACUAGGGACACAACAAUGGGCCUACUGAUCUAAGAUGAGACUGCCGCUUGGCCAGGAUUCUUUUGCCGCUAAACCAAUAGGCAGAAAAAGGUCUUACUACACUGGCUGGAAUGAUCAAUUCUGAUUACCAAAGGGAGGUUGUAUUGCUGGUACAUAAUCGAGGCAAGGGCUAUAUCUGGAACACAGGGGAUUCUCUGGGUACCUGAGAAACAGAAAAGGUUAAUGAAAAAUGACAGUGACCAAAACAGGUAGGACAAUUAGAGGAUUCAGAACCUUUGGUAAUGAAUAUUUGAGUCACUCCACCAGGUGAAGAACCCUGACCAACUGAGGUUCUGACAAAGGGCAAAAGAAAUAUCGAAUAUAUAGUGGAAGUUCAUAAAUUUAGAAACAAGGGCUUUGAAUCUACCCCUUGUUGCCUGCUCCAUCAAUUAUUAUGGUGAAAAUGGAGCUGGGCCAUAUGAAUACUUUUUUGCUAGGUGGCAUGUUUUGUCAGUAGAAGGUACUGGAGGAAUUUCUCUUCCUGGUUCUAGGUAGACUCUUAACAGUGCCCAGCUCUAGCAGUGCAUAUAGCUUAGCAGUAGUGUCACCUUACCCUGCACCCCCUGUUGGAUGACUUCACAGACUGCCACUGAUGUAGUAUCUCCUCAUGGAUAGUUUCCCUGGCACCAUCGCCAAGGGAUUUACAGCUGUCACAAGCUUCAUCCCAAGAACCAUGGUUGUAUCUUGAUUUCUGGAAUUCAGCCACAAGGAACAUAGAUAGUGGCUAGUCCCUAGAUUUGCUAUUUUCUGUAUUCUUUAGAGUUCUCUUUACUGCUUUGCAGAUUUUUAUUUCUUAAAAUAUUACAGAUAAUAUGCCCCAUCACUCCAAUCUACUCCUAUAGUUAAUACUUUUCUGUCAAAUCUUCCUGUUCAUAUUAUGUGGCUUCUGUCUCCUGCUGAAACAGACACCAAAAUCAAAGACUUGAAAAUAAUGAUUGAAGAAAGUCCACUGACCAUGGGUUAGCACCCAGCAUAUUUUAAGAUUAAAAAAAUCUACAAAAUGUUAAGAUGAUAGAAAAACAGGCAAUUCACAGAGGAAGUACAAAUUAAUUAUAGUAACCAAAUAAAUCAUUCUACUUACUGGAAUAUUAAAAUUUAACUUUGCCAAUAUCAAGUGGUAAGGAUACAGAAAACAUUCUGAUAUCUGCUGGUGGGGACUGGAAGGCAAUCUCAGUGUUAAAAAUUUUAAAGUGGAAACCCUGUGACGUAGGUGUCCACUUCUCCAUGUUUACUCUAGAGAAAUAUUCAUACAUAAACAAGGUGACAGGUACAAAGAUAUUCUUUAGAAAACAGUAAAAACUACAAAUUACAAACAACCUAAUUGUGCUUCAAUAGGUAGAUACUUACAAUAUUCACACUACAUAUACCAACAGAGAAUUUAAGAAUCAUCUGGUAUAGCUAAUGAGUGGAAAAAAGUUGCAGGAUAAUGUUAAAAUAAAAAUUCACAUCAUAUAUUUUUUAAGGGUACAUUUAGUUAUGUGUAUAUAAAUUGCUGAGGGGAAGAGUUUAACACCAAACCAAUUCUAGUAAUUACCUCUGGAAAGUAGAGGAGGGCAAGGAAGGGGAAGGGGCUAGGGAUGGUCAAAGCAGACUUCACCUGUAAUAGUUCAAGAAAAAAAAAUGUAUUUAUUACUUAAAUAAUUAAAAAUUAAGACUAAAGUCCUAUCUCGAACUUUUUCUUCUGGCCAAGAUGAAAUAAGAGACUGGAUAUACCCUGAAACAAAUGAAAAACUAGACAAAACACAUUAAACAGUGGUUUUCAAUACAUUGGACUUUAGGCAAAGAAGGAUAGUGAUCCCUGAAGGAAAGAAAACCACCGACCCAGCUUACUGCCUUGAAUUUCUAAGCCAUGAUGCAGGAAGGAAACAACCAGGCAGAGCUCAGUGGACUUCCUGAGUUGAGGAGAUGGAGCUGAAAGUUAAGGGAGACGAAGGGAGACAGAGUUCCCAGGGCAGAGGACCAGGGAGGAGAAAACUACACAAAGUGGAACUCCAGAGAUUUGCAGAGGGCACCCCUCCCCUCAAGUAUUCAGCAGUGUACUGGUCAGCACAUGUACAUGAGGAAACUACCCAAGGCUGGGGAAAGGUUUAGAGGAAACAGUACCUGGAACGCACACAAGUCUAGGAAUAGAGGCUGUUUCCACUAGCCCAGACCAGAAAGCCUCUUAAUCCAGGAGGCACUACGUACACAGAACUGGGGAACAAUUAGCCCUAGAACAAAUGCUCUGGUCUCACCUAACAAAGCUUAAAAGCAAGACCUGAAAGGAUCCAACUGUUUCCAAGUUGGAUCCAACUGUUUUCAUAGUUUUCAACUAUGUCCCAGAACAAAAAUAACUGGCAUCCAACAAGUUAAAAUUUAUGUCUGGCAAUGCAAUAAAAAAUUACCAAGCCUACAAAGAAGUAGGAAAAUAUGACCCAUAAUGAGGGGAAAAAAAAAGUCAAUGAACAGAAACUGACCCAGAUGUUAAAAGCUGUUAUAUGUUCAAAAAGUAAAGAUGGAACAUGCAGAAACAUGAAAAACACCCAAAUUGAACUUUUAAAAGUGACGACACCUGAAAUGAAAAACACACUGGGUAAGAUUAAAAACAGAUUAGACAUAGCAGAAGUUGUUAGUGAAUUUAAAGAUGGUAAUAAUCUGACAUGAAACAGAGAAAGAUUUUUAAAAAACCUAAACAGUGCAUGGGUAAACUGUAAGUCACCUUCUAGCAGCCUGUGUGUAAUUAGAGUCCCCAACACAGAGAAUGGAAAGAACAGAAAAAGAUACCUGACGAAACAGCUGAAAGUUUUCCAAAUGUGAUGAAGAACCAUAGAUCCAAGAAACUCAACAAACCUCAACCACAAGAAACAAAACUACAGCAUAGCACAUCACAAUCAAAAUGCUCAAAAUGAGUGAUAAGGAGAAAAAUCUUUAAAGAGGAAAAAAAAAAAACAUGUACUGAGGAACAAAAGAUAAAGAUGAGAUUUCUCAUAGGACACGAUGCAUGAGAGAAGAUGUUAGAUCAACAUCAUUAAAGGGCUAAAAGCAAAAAUGUCAACCUAGAAUUCUAUAUCCAAUGAAAACGUCUUUCAAAAACGAAAGCAGACACACAAAAACUGGAAGAAUUCAUCAACAAUACCUGUACCAUCAAAACUAGAAAAGUUCAAGGUUAAAGGACAUCCUUUAGGCAGAAGGUAGAUAACACCAGCAACAGGUUAUCUACACAAAUUGAGGAAGAGCACAGGGAUGGUAACUACAUGGGGAAAUACACAGGACUUUUCAUUAUCAUAAAAAAAAAAAAAAAGAAAAAAAACCUAUUGUGAACACCAUUCUUAUCAAAAUAACAAUUUGUCUCUAGCAAUGUUUUGGAGAGCCUUCAAUACACUCUUCUGGAUUUUAAGGCUGAUAGGUGAGUAUUUAUUCUCUCUUCUUAGUCCAAGUUCUGUGAUUUAGUAUAGAAUAUAAUGUUGCCCCAAACAUGGGCCUAAAGAACCAGAUUUCACAUCCCAGCAUGUGGCUUUGUCCUAGAUAUUUAUACCAAAGACUCUGAACAGAAACCCAAUUUUACUUUAUAUGCAAUCUGAAUAAGGCAGAAAGUCACAAACAAGCUUUCAGAUAUCUAACAACAGAUGGUAUUCUGAUAAAUACUUGCUUAACUAGCACAUAAGUAGAUGAUUUCUAAUGAUUUGAGGAAGAUCAACUUGCAUGUCAAUCCCACAGGCAUACCAAGUCCUCCCUCCAACUAUCAUUUCUAAGGCUCUGUUCUCCACUGAUGAAUAUGUCCCUUAGUUACCAUCUGCUAGUCUUCAGGAGCAAUGAAAAGCUGAGGAGACAAGCCAUCCCCCAACAGACUAAGGUAAACGCACUAGCAUUAAACUUCGUAAU